AGAGAGGGAGUGGAAGUGGGAGAGGAUCGUAUACUCCUACCAACCAAAACGCAUGAGAGCAGCCCCCGGAUAACUCUCAGUGUGACUCAGCACUUCAGAAUGAGUGACGAGACAACGGUCAGCCUGGGUGAUGCCUUCUCCCCCAUGGACAUGCCAACGACAACGAUGAUGCCCCCGCCAACGGAUGUCGAUGAGAGCGGCUUCUCGCACUCGCUGCUGACAUUUGCCGCAGUCAUGACCUUCCUGAUCAUGAUCGUGGGCAUCUGCGGCAAUCUGCUGACUGUGGUCGCCCUGCUCAAGUGCCCCAAGGUGCGCAAUGUGGCCGCAGCGUUUAUCAUCAGUCUUUGCAUUGCCGAUCUGCUGUUCUGCGCCUUGGUGUUGCCCUUUCAGGGCCUCCGCUUCGUCCAGGGUACGUGGCGACACGGCGAGGUGCUGUGCCGGCUCAUACCCUUCAUCCAGUACGGCAACAUCGGCGUAUCGCUGCUGUGCAUCGCCAUGAUCACGAUCAACCGCUACGUGAUGAUCACGCACCACAGUCUGUACAACAGGAUCUACAAACGCCACUGGAUAGCCAUCAUGAUCGCCGCCUGCUGGCUGUUCUCGUACGGCAUGCAGCUGCCAACGCUGCUGGGCGCCUGGGGACGAUUCGGGUACGAUGCCCGCCUGCAGACCUGCUCCAUAAUGAGCGAUCGCCACGGGCAUAGCAGCAAGACGACGCUCUUCAUCACCGCCUUUGUAAUACCCUGUCUGGUGAUCAUCGCCUGCUAUGCGAAGAUCUUCUGGGUGGUGCACAAGUCCGAGCAGCGGCUCAAGCGGCAUGCCACCAAACAGAAUUCCAUUCCCAACAAUCUGCGGCCAUUGGCCGCUGCCACCACGCUGCCGGCCGGCGAUGGUGCGAGUCCCAGCCAGGUGCCAGCCGGCUGUCGGGUCUCCUCCGACAGCAGCAGCAGCUACUCCACGGAUAUUCCCGAUACCACACCAGCUGGUGGCGGUGCCAGUGCUGGUGCUGGGUCCAAGCAGCAGCCGACCCGCGUCAAGGAUCAGCGGGAAGUGCGGGCCAAGCGAAACGAGUGGCGCAUCACCAAAAUGGUGCUGGCCAUCUUUCUGUCGUUUGUCAUCUGCUACCUGCCCAUCACCAUCGUGAAGGUGGCCGACAAGGAUGUGGAGCACCCCAGCCUGCACAUCUUCAGCUACAUCAUGCUGUAUCUGUCCGCCUGCAUCAAUCCGAUCAUCUACGUGAUCAUGAACAAGCAGUACCGCAAGGCCUACAAGACGGUCGUCUUCUGCCAGCCCGCCGCUCGCCUCCUGAUGCCCUUCGGCAAGGGCAACAACGGGGCCAGCAGUGCCGCAGAGAAAUGGAAAGAUACCGGGUUGAGCAACAACCACAGCCGCACCAUCGUCUCCCAGAUGUCGGCAGGAGCAACGGCGACGGCAGCGGCUGCCGCAGCAUCAGCGGCAUCGGCGGCAACCCAGCCACAGUCCACGUCCACACAGGGUCCGGUUCAGGCACUGGAGCUGACGUCCCGGGUGCCAGAUUUGAUCAGCAAAUCAACGAAUCUGCCACUGCCACAGCCAUUGCCCCAGAUCCCGCCGGUGGGAGCUCCUCCGUCCGUUACACCGCCGCCGCCGCCACCUUCGGUGUUGACAGCGACACACAGCAACGGAAGCGGCAGCCAACGACUGCCCCUCAAGAAGAACAAUCACUCCUCCUACACAAACAGCGGCUUCAACAGCAGCGGGAUCAGCCACAGCCAGCGGGAUCCCCAGCUCAGUCCCAGUUCCAGCGGCAGCGGGGGCCUCUACCGGCCAGGGGUUGGCUCGAUGGGGAACGGCUCGGCCUCGAUACGGCGCAUCACCAUGGUGGGGGACGAUAUUAUCCUGGAGGAGGAGGAGCUGCCGCCCACCCCUACAGCGCUGUCACCACCCCAGAUGCAGGCACCGCCGCCGCCACCGGCGGCGCUACCUUCCUCAAGACAAACGACAAUGAACACAACGCCGAAGACGCCCAUCUACAUGAACGUCGACAGCCCGAAGAGAAACCAAUCUUAUAGCGAACGCAACAUUCCAGCUGCAGCUAGGGAUGGUCAGAAUGGGGUCCAGGACUCCCACUACCAAGGCCCAACCGGCAAGCUAAUGGAUAAAAAGAAAUUCCCAAAAGACUAACGAAAUGCUUUAAUUCCAAAUAUCAACGUAAUUACGUUACGUUACGUUACGUUAUGCUACUUUUUUUUGCAUGCCCAAAUACAAUGCAUAUCGGUGUAUCGGUAUAAAUCGAGA